CUUGAUGAUGGAAUUCAACCGGGGGAAUAAGAUUUGUAUUGCCAACACAUACCAGUGCUAUUUGAAAGCGGGCUUGGCUCAUUUGGAGGAAGACCUGCGAAUCUCUUGUAAUAUGUCAUUCCCUCUGGGCAUCAAAUUGGUCAGGGGUGCUUACAUGGAAGUUGAAAGACGGCAAAGUUUCAACAAAGGAUUACCUGACCCAAUAUGUACAAACUAUGCGCUUACUAAUGAGGCCUAUGACAAAGCCGUUCAACGUCUUCUUUACCUAGCAGGUGAUUUAAGUCAUCUGGUCGUGUUUGCCACUCACAACUUCGACUCCGUGAAAAAGAUUGCAGUUCACUCCAAUUUGCCAAAAUCGGUCUACUUUGCCCAGAUCAAUGGAAUGGCCGAUCCAAUUUCUUUUGGUCUAAUACAUAGCGGCCACCAGAGCCUGAAAUUGAUUCCUUGUGGAAGUGUGGCUGAUGUUGUGCCAUGGUUGGCACGACGGGUUCAAGAAAACUCUGUGGCCUUGGAGCGAGUCUCUUGGGAUAAGCUUUUAAUUCGCAAGGAACUGUACCGCAGAUUUCGAAAUGUCGUUAGAAAAUAA